ACCCAUGACCUCCUUGUUAAAAACACAGCUAAAACGGCUUACAACUGCUUGUGAUAAAUCUUUAACCAAAAAUAGGCACAAUUCUGACUUGAUUUUUCCCUCCUUACCCAUUCGUCUUCUUUACAUUUUCCUUCUUUUCCACCAUUUUCUUCUGCAGCUCCUAAUGCUUUUCUUCGUUCAUAUCUUAACCUGAAAGAUUGAGAAAAAUGUAUGUGAAAUUUCAGUAUGUUGACACCAGUAAUUGUUUCCAUAUACUGAACUCAACUAAACCCACUCCCAGUGUAGGAAUUUCAAUCCCACCCACCAAGAAAUACAAGGACCAGAACAAAUUGAAUGACCCAAAUGGAAGAAUUGAGAAAAGCAAGAUUCUUGGGGUCAAAUUCAGGCCGGGUGUUGGGUAUGGUGAUGAUGUAAAAGAGAAGUUGGAUUAUCAAAUUGGGAAAAACUCGCAUACCCGUGUUUGGAAAAAUGGUGUUUUGAAGACCCAAAAUGGAUUCUUGAGAAAACCAGUUGAUGAAAUUGAGAGUGAGGAGAAAAUUGAUGGUCGGUCGAGCUGGAGUAAUGGGGUGCAGACCAAGUGUUCGACAAAAUGGCGCAAUGACGUGAAGGAGACCCAAAAUGGUUUCUUGAGAAAACCAGUUGAUAGAACUGAGAGUGAGGAAAAAAUUGAUGGAAAAUUGAGCUCGGUAAAUGUGGUGCAGACCAACUGUUCGACAAAAUGGUGCAAUGACGUGAAGGAGACCCAAAAUGGUGUUUUUAGGAAACCAGUUGAUAGAACUGAGAAUAAGAAAAAAGUUGGUGGUCAAUUGAGCUCGGGGAAUGCGAUGGAGAAAGUACAGACUAAGGGUUUGAAAAAAUGGGCCAGAUAUGGAGGAUGUAUUCCUGUAAUGCUGGAAGCUUUGGAGACAGUUAGUAAUUUGGAUGAGGCAUUAAAGCCAUGGGAAAAGAGUUUGACUAAAAAAGAAAGGACUAUUAUAUUGAAGGAGCAGGUGGAGUGGCAACGAGCAAUGGAGAUUUUUGAGUGGUUUAAGAGAAGAGGAUGCCAUGAAUUGAAUGUUAUACAUUAUAAUAUUGUACUUAGGAUUCUUGGGAAAUCACAGAGGUGGGAUGAGAUUGAGAGACUGUGGGGCAAAAUGAGGGAAAGGAGAAUCGAGCCUAUAAAUUCAACGUAUGGGACUCUGAUUGAUGUCUACAGCAAGGGUGGGCGUAGGGAGCAGGCAAUGGAAUGGUUGAAGUUGAUGAAUGAACGAGGUAUGGUACCAGAUGAGGUGACAAUGGGAAUUGUUGUUCAGAUGUAUAAAAUGGCGGGGGAGUUUAAGAAAGCGGAAGAGUUUUUGAAAAAGUGGUCUUUAUGCAAAUGUCAAGUGGAGGAACGUGUAAAUGGUGGACCAAGAAGUGGUAUUAGGGUCAAUGGUUCUUCGGGCUCAAGUGUUUGUUUGAGCUCACAUACCUAUAACAAUUUAAUUGACACUUAUGGGAAGGCAGGACAAGUGAAAGAAGCAUACGAGACUUUUCACCAGAUGCUGAGGGAAGGGAUCCUGCCGACAACAGUUACUUUCAAUACAAUGAUUCACAUGUGUGGUAAUAAUGGCCGAAUGGAAGAAGUUGCUUCCUUGAUGAGAAAGAUGGAGGGGCUUCAGUGUCAUCCUGAUACAAGAACAUACAAUAUUCUUAUUUCCCUUCACGCCAAGCAUGACAACAUAGAAAUGGCUGCCACCUACUUUAAAAUUAUGAAAGAUGCUUCUCUAGAGCCAGAUGCAGUGACCUAUCGCACUCUUUUGUAUGCAUUUUCUAUAAGGAAUAUGGUUAGUGAAGCAGAGAAGCUCAUUUUGGAGAUGGAUAAGAAAGAUCUACAGAUUGACGAAUUCACUCAGUCAGCUUUGACUAGGAUGUAUCUAGAAGCUGGGAUGGUAGAAAUGUCAUGGUCCUGGUUCCAGAGGUUUCAUCUUGCAGGAAAAAUGUCUUCUGAAUGUUAUUCUGCCAACAUUGAUGCCUACGGUGAACGUGGCCAUAUUUCGGAAGCUGAGAGAGCUUUUAAUUGUUGUAGUGAGGGAAAAAGGCUUACUGUUCUUGAGUUCAAUGUAAUGAUCAAGGCGUAUGGAAUUAGCAAGAAAUACAACGAGGCGUGCUACUUGUUCGAUAGCAUGGAGAAGCAUGGCUUAUCUCCUGAUAAAUGCAGUUAUAGUUCACUCAUCCAAAUGCUAGCUGGUGCAGAUCUGCCUCUGAAAGCAGCAUCUUAUGUGAGGGAAAUGAAGGAGGCGGGAUUAGUUGAUGAUUGUAUCCCUUAUUGUGCUGUGAUAUCUAGUUUUGUUAAAGUAGGUCAGCUGGAAAUGGCAGUAAGCUUAUUCGAUGAAAUGAUUGUGUUUGGCAUCAAGCCUGAUGUUGUUGUUUAUGGUGUACUGAUAAAUGCCUUUGCUGACAUGGGAAGUGUUAAAGACGCUACAAAAUACUUGGUUGAAAUGAGAAACUCUGGUUUAGAGGCAAAUGCUGUUAUAUACACUUCCUUAAUUAAGCUAUACACCAAGGUUGGGUAUUUGAGAGAAGCACAAGAAACGUAUAAAAUGCUUCAGUCGUUUGAGGAAGGGCUUGAUGUAUAUUCUUCAAAUUGCAUGAUUGACUUGUACAGUGAGCGCUCUAUGGUUAAACAAGCAGAAGAGAUUUUUGAGCACCUGAAGAAAAAGGGAAAUGCAAAUGAAUUUUCUUAUGCAAUGAUGCUGUGCAUGUACAGGAGAAAUGGAAUGUUUAAGGAAGCCAUUCAAAAUGCCCGGAAAAUGAAAGAACUAGGACUUCUGACUGACUUGUUGAGUUACAACAAUGUGCUUGGAUUGUGUGCAUCUGAUGGGAGGUAUAAAGAAGCUUUGGCGACUUACAAGGAAAUGCUUUCUUCUGCCAUCCAACCUGAUGAUUCAACAUUCAAAUCACUUGGAAUUGUUCUUCUUAAAUGCGGUGUUCCAAAGGAGGCUAUUAGUAAGCUGGAAUCUAUGAGGAAAAAGGAUCCUCAGAGUGGCGUGCAAGAGUGGACUUCAGCCCUAUCUUCCGUUAUCGGUGUGCUUGAUACUGACUCUCCUGAUAGUAAAGAUGCCUAGCUCUUUUAAAAAUAUUUAUGGUUUUACAAUAGGAGAUGAUUAUAUUUACCGUUCUAAAAAAAGAUAGGAGAUUGCACCAUGGGGCAGGGUCUACAGAGAUUAAACUUUAUACAAGAACUCUCUCAAAGAGAAGCUGCUUCAUACUCUACUGACGCAGGUAGAUUCUAGUGCAGUGGCUCAAGCCUCUCAUGUAAUUUUCACAAUUUUGUUGUUGUAAAUACAAAUGUAUUGAACUUUUGCCAGAUCUAGGCAUCAUUUAUUAAGUACUAUCUCUAGUAGUAUCCUUCAGUCUCAAACUCUGUUGUUAAUUAUAAAACUAUUCCAUUAUAAAGGCUCUCUGAAAUAGCACCUUCAUGUACGCCAGAAGCUUCUUAGUAACAGCAACCUCGUAUUAUAAAAACGUUGAGUUAAUGGUUUGUCAUCUCGUCAGUUGGGGAUGCCUAGGGGAGUUCUCCUGUCUUCAACAAGAAGCUCAUACACAUGUUGUACACCUUGUAGUAUUUGUUAUAUGCUGGCCUACUAAUUUUCUGUGCUGUAUAACUGACUCCAAUUGGUCCAAGAAUCUUUUUAUGCAGUUCAUUUAUCUUUGUUUGCAGCAGCUGAAUACCUGGUUGAAUCUUUAGUUGAAAGAAAUACAUUUUAUUCACCCUUCACUGUAUUCAGUUGUUGGUCCCUCGGUGCAUCUUUCCUGUUGAAACUGGGGGCGAUCAAUAAUUUUGCAUUGUUACUUUCAUUUAAAUAGUCUUAUUAAAUAUUAAUAAUUGAAAAAUACCCUGUUUACUAAUUAGUAUUCGUUAGUCAUUGUUACUUUUGUUCAUUUCACGUCUAACUGUUGGUGCAACACUUAUGUGACAAAGCAACAACAGGUUCCUGUUGUGAUGUGCCCUGAAGGAUCUUCCCUGGCCUUUACUGUUUUAAUCUUCUAAGUAAACCUUGGCUUUGUGAUGGAUAUACCAUGAUUUUAUCGUCUGUCUGAGGAAGCACUGGAGUAAUACUUUUGGUGAAUGUGUUGAGCCUGUAGCAGUCUGCAGUCCUGCUGAUGUUCCUGCUAUCAAGUAGAGUCAUCUGCAGAGGCCUCAUGGAGUUUGGCAGUUUGGCUAGAUAUUUCACGUCCCAUAUUUAUGCACGAGCAUUAAAGGAGAAAGGAGCAGAAGUUAAGGUGAUCAAAGAUGUUUCCUGAUGACAUACACGAACUCAACAGAGGACAACAAACAGACUUCGAAGGCUCUCUUAACAUUGGAGUGUUGUUUAAGUAUUUGCUCAUAGAGUGUUUCUGCAACAAAAAUUUGAAAGAGAAUUUGCGGUGGUGUUGAAACCUGUUUUUCCAAGAAAAUGGUCAUAACUGGCUCAAAUUGAUCAUACUACUACUACUACAACAACAACAUACCCAAUGUAUUCCCACAAAGUGAGGUUUGGGGGAGGGUAGAGUGUACGCAGACCUUACAUUUACCUUACCUCAGAGGUGAGGUAGAGAGAUUGUUUUCAAUAGACCCUCGGUUCAUUAUGAGCAUACUAGGUUAUACUAAAAAUGCUUGUAAUUCUCUAUAUAGCACUUGAAAAUAUGUCUCUGUCAUUCAAGGAUAAGUGCUUUGUUUGUUUUUUUGGAUCCUUCCAACAUUUGCUUCAAUCAAUGUUAAGUUUGACUACGCCUGCAACGGCUGCUUAUUGAAAGA